AUGAUACUUCCUCAGGGAUCCCUCUUCUUGGCGAGCAUAGCCGCAUGCUCAACCGUCGUCGCUGCUGCCGGUGAUGCCUCGUCUCGUCCCCGGGGAGUAGGACCCGAAUUUGCCAAGUUCUACAAGGAUGCCGCCACCUUCACAUGCAUUUCCCGCCCAGCCAUCCAAACCCCCUUCUCCGCCGUGAACGACGACUACUGUGACUGUCCUGACGGUAGUGACGAGCCUGGAACGGCAGCCUGUGCACAUCUCUCUCGCAACUCGGCCCUAACUCCGGCUGAGCGCCCGGGCAAUGACGAUCUCGAGCUUGUGUCCGCCCUUCCGGGCUUCUACUGCAAGAACAAGGGCCAUAAGCCCGCCUACGUUCCCUUCCAGCGGGUCAAUGACGGCAUCUGUGACUACGAGCUUUGCUGUGACGGUAGUGACGAGUGGGCCCGCGUUGGUGGCACCAAGUGCGCUGACAAGUGCAAGGAGAUCGGCAAGGAGUGGCGGAAAAAAGAGGAGCAGAGACAGAAAUCCAUGACCGCGGCUUUGAAGAAAAAGAAGGAGCUUCUCGUGGAAGCCAACAGGCAGCAGAAGGAGGUCGAGGAGGGUAUUGAGCGUCUUGAAGGGGAGAUCCAGACACAGGAGCUUAAGGUCAAGGAUCUUCAAGCGGAGCUUGAGGUGGUGGAGAAGGAGGAGCAGAGCAAGGUUGUGAAAGGCAAGACGGAGGGCAAAGUAAAUGUGCUCGCGGGUUUGGCUAAGGGCCGGGUCGAGGAGCUCCGGGGCGCCUUGGUGGAGGUCCGCAAGGAGCGUGAUGACACCCGCGCCCGUGUGAAGGAGCUCGAAGAGAUUUUGUCCAAGUUCAAGGUGGAAUACAACCCGAACUUCAACGACGAGGGUGUCAAGCGCGCUGUGCGCAACUGGGAGGAUUACGCUGCCAAGGGCACUCUUGAGGGCGCUGUAAACAGUGCCCAGGACCGUGAUUUGGACGAGAUUGCUAAGCCCGAUGAUGAGAAGUCGGGCAUCAACUGGGAGCAGUGGGAAAACGAAGAGGAUGGAUGUGAGGCCAGUAUCGUCUACCAGCUGGCGGCCUACCUCCCGCCUUCUGUCGUUGACUUUGUCGAAAGCAAGGUGACCAUCGUUAGGGGUCUCCUUGAAGAAAACGGAAUCCUGUCCAAGGCGGCUGAGUCUUCUUCUGCGUCCGAGUCCAAGGUUGUGUCGGAAGCCCGAGACGCGGUGAAGUCGGCGGAGAAGAGUCUCGGGGAUAUGCAGAAGCAACUUAAGGAUCACCAGUCCGAUCUCGAAACGGACUACGGUGUUGCAUCCGUCUUCCGGGCUCUCAGGGGCGUCUGCGUCUCGAAGGAUGCGGGCGAGUACACGUAUGAGCACUGCUUUUUGGAUCAGACGAAGCAGAUUCCGAAGAAGGGCGGAGGAUCUACGCGGAUGGGCAAGUACGUUGGCAUUGGGACCAUGAGUGUCGACGUGCUCAAUGAGUCGGGAGAUAUCGUCCCCGAGCAGAAGGUCUCUCUACAGUACGCCAACGGACAAGGCUGCUGGAAUGGUCCGGCCCGGUCGACGACGGUCAUCUUGGAAUGUGGCGAAGAGGACGCGAUCCUGAAGGUGGCCGAGGAUGAAAAGUGCGUGUACUCCAUGCAUGUCACCUCACCGGCCGUGUGUCCCGGAAGCGAGGAGAGCCACGCCGCUCCGAACAGCAAGGAUGAGCUGUGA